UUGUGUACCCUUUUAUUUAUUUGAAAAAUUGUUCAUGUUCUCUAUAAAAAUAUUCAGACAGGUCAAAUCCCUCUUUAGUAUCCAAGUUCAUCCAACUCCCACAAAGAACUGACAGUCACCUUUUGGGCCAGUUUCCUCUUACACCGACAUGGCUUCAUUGCCAAAUUGCUCUUUAUAAAGAUUUUAUCCAUUACAACCUGAAUUUAAGAUUUUUAAAAUGCCUCUUUGGAUUUUGUUACUUUUCUGCUUGUCCUAACUAGUUGCUUGCACUUUACAAAAAUCUCCAUCUAUCCCCUAAGAAAUGGCCUCCGUCUGCUCUGGAUCCCUUGAUGGAGUUGCAUAUUCUCUGCGCAAGGGGAAGGGGAUUGUGAAGAUGACUGUGCCGGCGACGCUUGCUUUCUGCUACCUGUCGCUGCUGUGGCAAAGAGAGACAGUCACUCUUUCCGACCUCCUGAGAUUUGUUGAAGAGGGCCAUAUCCCGUACGUAAAUGCUUUCCAGCACUUUCCGGAAGAGAUGAAAUUGUAUGGGCGUGACAAAGGCAUCUUUGCCAUAGAGUCUUGGCCUAACUAUGAGGAUAUCCAUAAAAAAAUGAUUGAAGUUGCCACAUUCUUAGACCUGCCUCGUUUCCCAGACGUAACAGAAGACUGCUACCUGCAUCCCAGCGUCUUGUGCAUGAAGUACCUGAUGGAAGCCAACCUCCCUGAUGAGAUGUACGACUUCACCUGCCAGGUGGUAAAAGUGGCUGGGAUAGGAGAAGUGGAUUUUCUGACAUUCGAUCCCAUAGUUAAAAAGGAAAGAACUGUUAAAUAUGACGUACAAGCUGUAGCUGUCAUUGUGAUAGUAUUGAAGCUGCUCUUUUUAUUGGAUGACAGUUUAGAAUGGUCUUUGUCUGCUAUUGCUGAGACAUACAAUGAAGAGAACAAAGAAGAGAAGCCAUGGUUUGAUUUCAGAAAAUGGUACCAGGUUAUGAAGAAAUCUUUUGAUGAGAAAAAACAGAAAUGGGAGGAAGCCAGGGCAAAGUACGUGUGGAAAAGCGAAAAGCCACUCUACCACUCCUCCAUCGACAAGUCAGUGGUGUAUAAAAGAAGAGAAAUGGUGGUGAAUCUACAGAAACAGUUUAGCUCACUGGUGGAUUCAACACCAGCUCCUGCCAAAAAAAGCCCUUCGAGUUUUCAGUUCAACUGGGCUGAAGAAGACGCAGGUAGAAUGUGUUUCCAUGGACACAGCCUCCAGGGGAUCCUGCAGAAGAAAGGCCAGUCGCUGACCACCUUGAACUCACUAUACUGGCUUAGUACACAGAAGUUCUGUAAAAGCUAUUGCAAACAUGUGACCACCUAUGAGGAGUCCAACUUCUCCCUGACUUACCAGUUUAUACUCAACCUCUUCUCCUUCCUGCUAAGAACAGAGACCUGCUUCCUCCACGAAGAAGUGAGCUUAAUCGAAAAGAGACUUUUUAAAACAAAAUACAGUAUAGCGAAAAAGAAAUCUUCAAGGUCCAGGAAAGUGAGACAAUGAGAAAAACAAGCUCGGGGCCUUCUUGGGAAAGUAUUUUAAUAGUGACAGUAACGUCGUAUUGUAAUAUAACAUUCCAGAGAAUUGUGGAAAAGAAUUUUUUGCACAUGUAUCUGUUCAUAGACAGACAUGCGUACAUAUGUUACAUAUCUGUAUCGAUUGUGCUUAGAGAAUGUAUAUUGGAAAACAAGUGAGCUUUGAAUUUUUUUAAUUAUAAAUAUUCUUUGAGAAAAUUAAAACAAUGUUACAUAAAUGGUA